ACAACACCUCCACCGCGCAAUGCAUGGCACACACACAUACACAUAUUUGUAUCUACAUGUGUCUAUAUAUAUAUAAAUAUAAGUGUGAUAACAUAGAAGAAAAGUUUAUAUAUUUUCCGUUUGUCCUGGUUAUCGUGAUUCAAAGCAAACUUGUCUUGACUAAAAAUCUUACUUUAUUUACUUACGUUACAAUAAAGCAAACAUGAAAGACAAUACAAGCUGGUCUUGUUCUUGUUCUUCAUUGAAGCUAUGUUUGUUGUCUCUCCUCGUUCUCACUGAGACGGUAGUCGCCGUAAAGCUGCCGCCAAACUUGAAGAUUCCGGCACUAAUAGCUUUUGGAGAUUCCAUCGUCGACACCGGAAAUAACAACAAUGUCAAAACCGUAGUUAAGUGCGAUUUUCAUCCUUACGGUAUCAAUUUCCAAGGAGGAGUUCCCACCGGGAGAUUCUGCGACGGACGAACCCCCGCCGAUUUGCUAGCUGAGGAAGUGGGAAUAAAAUCAGUUGUACCUGCCUAUCUCGAUCCAAAUCUAAAGCCCGAAGAUCUUUUAACCGGUGUAUCAUUUGCGUCGGGAGGUUCUGGUUACGAUCCCAUAACACCUAAACUUGUGGCCGUAAUAUCAUUACAACAGCAAUUGAAAUAUUUCGAGGAGUACAUAGAGAAAGUCAAUCAUUUAGUAGGGGAAGAAAGAAAAAGAUUCAUAUUAGCCAACAGCAUAAUCUUAUUGGUCGCAGGCAGCGACGACAUAGCCAAUACUUACUAUGAUCUUCAUGCAAGACCUCAAUACGACGUCGAUUCGUAUACUACUCUUAUGGCCAACUCUGCCUCCGAUUUUGUGACUAAGCUAUACGGAUAUGGAGUGAGAAGAAUAGCUGUGUUUGGUGCACCUCCACUUGGGUGUGUACCAUCUCAGAGAACCGUAGGAGGAGGUCUUUUAAGAGAGUGUGCUGAGUAUUACAACGACGCAGCAAAGCUUUUUAAUUCAAAGCUCUCUGUAAAAUUGGAUUUGUUCCGUAAAACUCUACCGGGUAUAAAACCGGUCUACAUUAAUAUCUAUGACCCACUUCUCGAUAUCAUCCAGAAUCCUGCAAAAUACGGAUUUGAAGUGUCUAAUAAAGGAUGCUGUGGAACCGGAGUCAUCGAAGUUGCGGUGCUGUGCAAUAAAAUCACAUCUUCUGUAUGUCCAGACGUGUCUAGCCAUGUGUUUUGGGACAGUUAUCAUCCCACAGAAAAAACUUACAAAGUGUUAGUCUCACUGUUGAUUAACAAAGCUAUUAAUCAAUUCCUCUGAAAAAAAAACUAUUUUCGCGUCAGAAUGAUUAAUUAUAUUUUUCAUCAUAUAUUGUUUGUAUCAUUUGGAAAUUGUACUCGGUUUAAAUAUGUUAAAUUCUUGUUA